GCGGGGGGCGGGGAGAAGGAAGAGGGAAGGUGGGAGGGUAAUGGACAGCACCACCGCGAGGCCGCCGGGGGUGACGGCCGUUCCCCCCCGCUCCUGCGCAGCCGGUGGGCUCUCCCGGCCUGCUCGCGCCGUCAAUUGCCCUUGGUGUGGCCGCUGCGCGGGGCCUGGUGGCGCAGUCAUGGUGAAUUUCGCCCAAGUUGUGCGUGAUCACUGGGUUCACAUCUUUGUUCCCUUAGGAUUUGUGAUUGGAUGUUAUUUAGACAGAAUGAAUGAUGAAAAACUGUCAGCCUUCCGAAACAAGAGCUUAUUAUAUAGAAGAGAGUUGAAGCCUGGUGAAGAAGUAACAUGGAGAUAAAAGCUGAGGAUGAAAUGGAAAAUAUUUUCACUUGAUUCGUCAUCUUAUCUCACUCAUUGAUAGAAUAGGGUUAUGGUUUUUAUCUUGAUGGAGUACUUAAAGCUACAGAAAAGGACACCUGCAAUUUAUCAGUGCUAGUUUAACUUCCAGUCUUACUUUUAGAAAGAUGAUUUAAUUACAUGGCUAAUAGGUGUCCAGGAAUUCCAUUAGUCCAUAAGUAUUGAGAAACUUUUGUCCUCAGAAGUCGCACUGUGGAGUAGCAGGAGAAAGAAUUACAUAAUAAAGAAAAAUCUAUGCAAAAAUCA